ACAGGGAAGGAUUCGAGAUUUUUAUUUGCAUAAAAAUCUACUCUAUAUAGAAAAUAUUUGAAAUUAUGGCAGGCCAGGCUGGAACCUGCCGGAUUUGCAAGUACGACGGUGGAUCAUCGUACAAACGACUGAAAUCGAUUUUCGAUCGCGAUAGUGGUGUACAGAUAGCAGCAAUGGUGCGAGAGCUGGCCGAUGUAGAGGUCUUCAAUGAUGGGCGUCGGUCCCUUUGGAUUUGCACUGUUUGCACGCAUAAAGUAAAAACAGGUUAUCUAAUCCGAAGAAUGAUUCGUGAAGCGGAGGAAUGUGAUACGAUUGGUUCCAACACUGGGCAAGAGUCGGUGCAGGAAAGAAUAAUAGCGGAUGAAAUCAAACAGGAAGAAUUAGUAUAUGAUGAUGAUGAUGAUAAUGCCGAUGGUUACCUGUAUGAGUAUUUAGAAGAGGAAAAUAUAGAAGCAGAUUACUCUGCCUCAGCAGGCAUUAAUAGUGCUCAGCAACACGAAGAAACAAUCGGAAAUAUUGAUUUGAAUGUUAAACACCCUGCGGAUACGAUUCUAUCUAGUGAUAGUAAAAAGGUUUGCCUCCAACGGACCUACAGGAAAACCAAGUUCGUAAUGCCCAACGCGGAAGUUGUCCUGCAAAUCACUGAUCAGUUGGAUUAUUUAGUGGUGGACGUCAAAGGGGACCGAUGCUGCGGCUGCAGUUUUGUAGGGGAAACUCGAAAGGAGCUGCUGCAACACUCAACCAUGGCACAUUCCAUCGAUAUCGUUGGCUGUGGUAAUUAUUGUCCGAUUUGCUUCUACAAAUUUUCCACCGAAACGGCUCUUACGAGGCACAUUGACGGCAGUAAAUCAAAAAGCAUAUUUGUGUGUAAGAUUUGCGAGAGAUAUUUCAAUAAACUGCGUCAAAUUGAAGCUCAUUUGCAAAAUUACCAAAAUGCCGGCGUUAGUUGCAGUAACUCAGAGGACGAUCCUAUGGUCACGAAAGAUGGUGAAUAUGAUUCUGAUGCUUAUCAAAGCGAAGACGGAAGUAGUGAAGACGAUAACUUCGACGAAGACGAGGAAAGUAACUUGAGUGACAAUUGGACAAUGGAAGAUGAAAAUAAAUCGCCGGGGAUGGGAUCUUCAAUGCGGUCCCCUACGGAUAGAAAAAUUCGAAGCGACACGUCCAGUAACCUAUUCGGAAACGAACAAGAGAUCGAUUGUCAGGGAGUUCCACCAACAAGCAUACCCGAAUCGCAGGUGUUGGAUCGCAUUACAUUCAAGACAUUUCAGUACAUAAAACUGAAAGGUGAACGAUGCUGCGGUUGCGAUUUUACCUGUGUCAAGAGGGAGCAAGUAUUUCAGCAUGCAAAAGAAGCACACGAGGAGGAUGUCAACUUGUCCAACGGAUUUAUUUGCCCGAUUUGCUACUGUGACUUCGUGGAUGGCAAACAAUUGUCGAAGCACAUUAAUUUUAUUACCAGUAAAAAUAUUCUCAUUUGCAUGAUCUGUGAUGAAGCCUUCAGUGGGAAAGGUGCUCUCAAGAAUCAUCAGAUGCUCAGUGAGAAACAUAAACAAAACUUCCUAAAUUUAUACAGCAGCAAAGAAAAGGAUGAAUCUAUGUUAGUCGAACUGAAUCAUGAAGAUGUGAUGGCAGCGCUCGAAAAAGAAAUCACCGAUGAUAAAACGAAAGUUAAGAUUCGAUCGAGAAAUAACAACCGAUCGAUCACAAGACAUCGCCACCUGCAAAUGCCAGGAUCUAAUUUCAUUACGCAGAUUGAUCAAUACGACAACUACGAGGUCAUCACGUUAAGGGGAGAACGCUGCUGUGGUUGUGGACAAUUUUUCGAGACGUACAGUGAAUUACUCCAGCACGGGCGACGAAUUCAUCUAAUCGAUAAUGCGGAUGCCGUGGGUGAAUAUCAAUGCGACGUAUGUUUUGGUCGUUUCGAAUGGGACCGAGGACUGGUAAUGCAUCAAAAUACUAGACAAUCGGUCAGUCAACUGUAUCACUGUAAGAUAUGUAAGUUGCUUUUCUCAAAGCAGUACACUAUCACAAAGCACCUGAAGAAUGCUCCUAACCACUCUGUAGCUGAAAAUAAUGCAUCAUCGGACCAACCGGAGCAGGAUUCGCUUGCAGUGGAAGCCCUCCAAGGACACACAAAACCAGAUGCUACCGCAGGCAAAAGCAAAUUUGUCUGCUGUCUACCAAAAUGUGCCACAGAAUUUGCUAACGAGAGUCUAUUGCUGGAACACUGCGCGCACGAGCAUUCGGGUAAACGACGUGAGAACGAAGCAGAGCGUACUGACGAUUCCAAUGUCUGUCCCGGUUGCUGCAAAUCAUUUGAAAAUGCAACUUGCCUCGUGUGGCAUCGAUUCACUCGCUUCACUAAGCAGUAUCAGUGUCGCUACUGUGACCAAACGUUCUCUCGUUGGUCAAACUUCCGAGAGCACGAAAAUACAGUGCAUUUGGGGAAAGUCGAAGAAUUUCCCUGUGACACGUGCGGCAAAGUUUUCCGGGCAGCACAUGGCCUGAAAGCCCAUCAGGAGAUACAUUCCGAUCUAAGGAAGCAGAUUUGUAUCGAUUGUGGAGCUAGUUUCAGAAAUAAGGGCAUACUGAAACGUCACCGGCGCGCUGUUCAUGCUAAUGAUUACCCAUUCGACUGUAAGAUGUGUCCGAAAAAAUUUCCCACCCUGGAACAGCUGAAUGCCCACAUGCGGGUUCAUACGGGAGCUAAACCGUACCCGUGCCGAUACUGUGAUAGAGCUUUCUCGCAUUUUACCGAUCGGAAACGACACGAAAUGUCCACCCAUACCGGAGAGCGACCGUUCCAAUGCGCGCACUGUCCGGCAGCAUAUAUCCGGAAUCGUGAACUGAUGAUUCAUAUGCAGAAACACGCUGAGGAUAAUGUAGGCUGAGGGUUAGCAACAAGCAGAACAUUGUAGUUGUUAAGAAUUUCGUCAAACUGUUAGGUUUAAGCGAUGGUGUGUGCGAGUAAAGAAAUGUAAUCUC